UUUGUUCAAUUUGAGGACAUUGCCAUCGUAAGUUAAAUUUUGGCCGGAAAGUUACAUGUCAAUCUCCCGUUGUUGUAAUCUUUUCCCAACGUUUGCAGCUGACUUGGAUGUGGGCCCCUUUUAUGACUUAUUCCCAAACACUUCAUUGUGCUCUGAUCUCCCAAAUCCCCUAUUAGAACAAUAAAAGCACAAAACCUAAGAGAAGAACGGAGGCUUCGUAAUUCUUGGUCUGGCUUCUCCACAUAUGGAAGGAAGGUGAGUGUGUGUUCCUCUAAAGUGUAAAUAAUGGCUCAGGCAAGGAUCUAUGGAAUAUCAUUGUGGUAAGAAGGCCGGUGUUUCAACUUCAUAGACUGAUAUAUGACGAGAGAAGGAGGUUCCAUGUGUGCUCUAGAAACAGAGAUGUUUUAAAAUAAGGAGUGUUUGAGAGGGAAUAAAAAACAGGGUCUCAAGUCCAGGUCAACUAGGCCAUAUGAAAAAAAUAUGAACAAUUGACGCUGAUGUGUUAAUUUCCGGCGGAAUUAUUACUUUCCGACAUAAAUGUCCUGAAAUUGGACAAAUAUGUUAAUUAGAGGACGUAUUAUGCAAGUAAAUGAAGUUAGAGGACCAAUAUCGGUCACCACCAAAAGUUACGGGACUAAUUUUACAAAUUUCCCUUGUUUAAUUGAUACAUUUGAUUUUGACAUAAAACGACAAACAAUAAAGGGAGGGAGGGGGUCAUAAAUUGGAUGGAUGGCCGUUAGUUCGGACUUCUCGAAUAUGGAUUGCAUUUACUCCCGCCUUGCAACCCACACGUUCUCGUUUCUUACGUUAAAGUCAACCCCAGUCGCAUGCCAUUAAUAAAACCGUCAAUUAUAACCGCAUCCAUAAGAAACGGCAGAGUGGAGAUCGACGAUGGCUUCCCGCCGGCGGCGAAGAAGGAAGCUGCUAACCGGUUCCCUCCAGAUUAUUAUAUCCGACCCGCCCUGCGACCAGUUCUGCAAUCCAAAUAAGAACUCAGAGCACGGCCUCCCUUGCCCACUACUCUGCCUCCCUCUCUGUUUCUCCACUUGCAGACGAACCUUACCGCCGUUGCCGCCUCUACACCCCCCUCCCCUGCCGCCUUUGCCGCCUCUGCAUCCUCCUCCCCUUCCGCCGCCGCCGGACUUCAUUUCCCGGGACUCCUCCAGUCCAGUAAAGCACUUCCAGUUCCAGGUGCCUAUUUUCCUCCCCAUGCUCGCCGCCGGCGCAGCUCUCUUCUUCCUCUUCAUGACCGGCUACGUAGUCGUCAGAAAUUGGAGGAGGAGGGGGAGUGGCGGCGGCGAUUCGUCAGAAGAAGACGGCGCGGUUGAUGAGAGGAUGAGUAAUUUGGCGGAGGAUGCGGCGGACAAUCCGAUAUGGCACAUCAGAACCGUCGGCCUAGGGCAGUCGAUGAUAAACCGGAUCACCGUUUCCAGGUACAACCAGAGAGGUGAAGACGGUGAUUGCAGCAAUUGUUGUGUUUGCUUGAGCGAAUUUGAAGAAGGGGAGAGGGUUAGGGUUUUGCCGAAGUGUAAUCACGCCUUCCACAUCCAUUGUAUUGAUACUUGGCUUGCCUCCCACACCAAUUGCCCCAUCUGCCGCGCCCCGAUUUUAGUUCCGGAAGCUGCCAUCUCCGCCGCCGCGGUGGCUCCGGGAAGCAGGGGCGGGGGAGGGAUGAUUGAAGAAGGCUUGGAAGGAGAGAGCAGAUCGGGCGUGGGAGAGAGUAGGAUUGAUGAAUUGAAGGGGGGUUCGCUAUUAUCAUCAAUGAAUAAUGGAGCUGAAACUGCUGGAAUUAGAAGAUCAGUUUCUAUGGACUUGGUUCCACAGAAUGGGGAAAUGAGGCCUGUAACAGGGAAGAGCUCUUCAUCGUCAUCUUCAUCUUCAUUAAUGGGUGAGGUAGGGAAGAGAUCACUUUCGUGCAGUGGAAAGAUAAUGUCGUCAAGGUACAACAAAUCGUAGGCGUAGGCUUAGCUAGCAACCUGAUGCAUGCCAUGGGUCAAGGUGGAUCAAACUAGCCGUUUGUAAGAGUGACCUAGUGAUAGACUAGAUAAGGUCGCACACUCACAUGAUUUCAAACAGAGUUGUGUCUAUCCGACUCAAUAGGAUGUAGUUUGCAUUGUCAUUAUUCAUCGCUGGUCCAAGUUUAAAUGGAAUUGUACAGUGUAUAAUAGUGAAAAAUUAGUGUACUUACUAUGUAGAUAAGUUGCCAAAUUACUUGUUUCAUCGCGAUUAUCAUUUUCUAGUUUUAUUUGUUUUCAAAUUUCAAUACUAUUGUACUAUCUAAUACUCUGUAAUAUGUUGGCAACUGCGGUCUGCCCCUCGUAAGUCGUGAUGUAGGAUUUUGAGCGCUGUCGUUUGUGCAGAUCCACUUGUAGCACAAUUGCGUUUGUUUUUUCGAUCUGUGCAAUGGUUGCUCUGUUCUGAUUGGUUGGUCGUUACCUUUAAUUCUCCAUCAAUAGGAGCCACUGGUCGGUUGGGGUUUGUUUUUCGGCUGGUUGUUGCAAGGUAGGGGUUGGGUUUGAUUUCGUCGCAUGAUGCUCCAAUGAUAGGGGCUAUCAGACUGGUUUAGUGUUUUGCUUUUCCUGGUUGAUCGUCGCAAUCUGUUUUGUUUUCUUGUGUUUUCUGUUUUUGUGGUAAAUGCUAGUGGCUUCAGCAGUAGGCGGGAUGGACAUACGGGAGGUGCUAGAGGAUUGGUAUGGUAAUCUACUAUUGGAGGAUGACGACGACGAGGUGGAUCUACUCAUCUACCUGAUGAGAACGAAGGAAGAGCAGGAAGGGGGACUAUCCGAGUGGUCUCUAGCAGGCAUUGUUUUUACAAAGAAGACAGUGAAAUUUCUGGCGUUUAGGACGCAAUGACUUUUGGUUGGAGACCGAGCAUAGGUGUCUUAAUCAAAGAAAUAAGCGAUAAGAGGUAUCUCUUCUCCUUUUACUUGAUAUGACAUGUGUUAUAAAGUAUGGCUCGUGGUUGUAUGAUCAGAAUCUUGUGGUGUUGCAUGAACUAAGGUCGGAUGAUCUGCCUUUGAGAGUCCCUCUAUACUUCUCAGAUUGUCGGGUCCAAGCACAUAACUUGUCUGUGGGUCACUCGACUCUAAUGGUUGGUAGAAUUAUUGCUAAUAAUCUUGGAUGUUUCAUUAAACUUGAUGAAAAUCAAUUUGAGGGUCCAGGUUUGCCUUGAUAUCAGGAAACCACUUAGGAAAAAUCUAAAGGUUCAAAAAAAGAAUGAGGAUUGUCU